AUGAAUUAAGAGUCAAUUAUAUUCAACCUUUUGCAAUGUCAAGAAUACUUACUGGAUGAACAAUAAAUUAAAUAUACCAAAGAGUAAUAAUUGCAAAAAGUGAAGGAUUUAGUGGCUAAUUUAAUAGUAAAAUACAAAUCAUUUGUAAAUUAAAUUGAAAUAGAGGACUAGGUAUAUUUAAUUACAAUACCAAUGGAAGUUCAUAAUUAAAUAUGCACAAUCCAAUUUGAAUUACUGUUGAACUUUAAAUGUAACGAAAAUGAUUAUAGAGUUAUUUUGACAGAUUCUUCUGGAAGGAUUAUUGUCAAAGAGAAAAAUAUCAGAAUAUCUUUAAGUAGGUAUAUGCUGAGGUUAAAUACUGGGUUAAGAAUUGGUAGCUUUUAUAUUCAUCCCCUAAAUGGUUAUAUCGGCUUUAAACUCUAAUGUUAAAGUGAAUAGGGACUUCUUUUUUAUUAAACAGAAUCAGACUACUAUAAAUUCAUUAAUUAUCUUGAUACCUUAAUUGAAACAGCACUCUAUUCCGUACGCUUUCACUUCCUGAGAAUAAUGAUAUUAAUCAAUCGAAUUGACAUAAAGUAAAUCUAAAUCUAUGAAAAAUACAUGAUGAUGAAGCGUUAUCCAGAAAUUGAAAAAAUUGAGUGGAGGAAAUUUCCUUAGGAUAUCAUCCCACUUUUGUAAAGAAUAAAAAAUACAUCUCAAACUAAUUUGAAUGAGACCUACAAUAAUGAAUAAUAUAAAAAAUACGGCCCAAUAAUUUCGAAAUCAAUGAUAACUGAAAAUAAAAUUAUAAACUAAAUAAAGGUAGAUUCCCCUAGUGAUUUGUAAGUAGAAGAAAAACACGAAAUAAACUCAGGAGGAUUUAGUAUUAUUUAUGGGAAGGACAUCACAUAUUAGUUAGAUAAGAAUUAGGAAAAAAACAUUAUGAAAAGACACUUUGCUAUUAAGCUAGAUAAAAGCCCAGAGACGAAUAAAAUAAAAAAAGAAAUUAAGAUACUCCAGACUUUGGCUCAAGAAUUUGAAUAGGAUGAAUAAAAAGGUUAAAUGUAAAAUUAAGAAUUUUUCAAAUUCACAGGGAAAUGUCCUUACAUAGCCUAAUUCUAUUAUGUACCUGAAAACACCGAUAUCUUAUUGAUGGAAAGAUAUUACUAUUCAUCAUUGGACAAUUUUUCAAGGAGAUAAGAGGAAUUCCUAAGUAUGUCUACAAAGAUAUUUCUGGCUCAUAGUGUCGCCAUGGGUCUCAGAUACUGCCAUAAUUAUAAUAUUAUUCAUAUGGAUAUCAAACCAGCCAACAUUCUCAUAUCAAAGGCUCUAGUGGCUAAAAUUUCAGAUUUUGGCGAGGCCAUUUCCACGAAGGGAAAUUAACAAAAUUAAAAAGUAGGGAGAAGCAUGCCUUACUGUGCUCCAGAAAUGUUAAAUCCAAAUUGGAAAGAAAAUUUCACACCUGCUUAUGAUAUCUUUUCAUUCGGUGUUUUAUUAUUUGAAUUAUUGUUUGAAAGACACCCCAUUGAUUUUAGAUAUUAAAAUAUAAAAAUAUUGGAAGAUAAAUACCAAAGAUAAACAUACUCAGUGAGGGUAAAUAUUGAAGAAGAUAAAAGAAAAGGACCUUAAAAAAUAAUGAAAUAUUUAUUAAAUCUAUGCUUAGCUUGUUUACAACCUGACCCAAAAUGUCGACCAAAUAUAGAUAAAAUUGUACUAAUCUUAAAGGACUCACUUUCGUAUAUGGAUAAAAUGUAUUGA